AUGGCCUCAGACAAAGAGUCCCCGCCAGCUGACGGCGACGAAAAGAACAGUGCCGGCCCCUAUGACGAGACCGUGGGCGUCGUCGAAGCCCGGGGCAACACGGACGCCCUGCAACGGCAUCUCGGCAAUCGCCAGAUCCAGAUGAUUGCCAUUGGAGGCUCCAUCGGAACGGCACUGUUUGUCUCCAUUGGCAACGGCCUGAUGGAUGGUGGGCCAGGUUCGCUACUCAUCGCAUUUGCUCUGUACUCGGCCCUGCUUGGUUUGGUCAACAGCUGCAUGGCCGAAAUGGCCGUUUACAUGCCCGUCUCAGGCUCUUUCAUUCGCUUUGCUGGCAAGUGGGUUGACGAAGCGUUCGGUUUCAUGACGGGCUGGAACUUCUUCCUAUACGAAGCCACCAUGAUCCCGUUUGAGAUUUCUGCCAUCAACCUGGUGCUGACGUUCUGGCGCGAUGACAUACCUGUGGCAGCCGUUUGCGCAGCCUGCAUCGUCCUCUACGCACUGAUCAACAUAUUUGCCGUUAAAUUCUACGGCGAGGCCGAGUUCUGGCUGUCCAGCGGCAAAUUCUUGCUCAUCAUUAUCGUCUUUUGCUUCACAUUCGUCACAAUGUGCGGAGGAAACCCCCAGCACGAUGCAUUUGGCUUUCGGUACUGGGCGAACCCUGGCUCUUUCGCGGAGCACAUCCACACAGGCUCGCUGGGGCGCUUCCAAGGUUUUCUUGGGGCACUAUGGUCUGCAGCAUUCACCAUCGUUGGCCCCGAGUACCUGGCUAUGGUUGCUGGAGAGGCGCAGCGGCCACGGACUUAUUUGAAGCAAGCUUUCAAGACAGUCUAUUGGCGCUUUGGAGUGUUCUUCAUCGGUGGAGCCCUCUGCGUCGGCAUCAUCCUGCCGUACAACGACCCAACCCUGAACGCGGGCGACGGUGCCGGAACCGCGGCAGCGAGCCCCUACGUGAUCGCGAUGCGCAAUAUGCAGGUUUCCAUCCUGCCACACAUCGUCAACGCACUUUUGGUUACCAGCAUUUUCUCAGCCGGAAAUGCGUACGUGUAUUGCGCCAUGCGGUCGCUCUACGGAUUGGCGCUCGAGGGCCAGGCGCCGCGCUUCCUGUCCAAGUGCACGCGCUCCGGCAUUCCGGUGUGGUGCUUCGUCGUCACGAUGGUCUUCCCCUUCCUAUCCUUUCUCGCGGUCUCGAACGGCACCGCACAAGCUGUCCAGUGGCUGGCCAACCUAACGGAGGCAGCACAGAUCAUCGACUACAUCGUCAUGUGCCUGACCUAUAUCUACUUCUACCGUGCCCUUAAGGUACAGUGCGUCGACCGCGACACCCUCCCCUACAAGGGCUGGUUCCAGCCUUACAGCGCGUGGAUCGGCCUGGUCGGCGAGAUCUUCGUGGUCUCGUGCUACGGCUACGAGACCUUCCUUCCCGGAUACUGGGACACCGGCACGUUCUUCAGUUACUACCUCAUGAUAUUUGUUGCCGUCCUGACGUACACGGCAUGGAAGAUCAUCAAGAGGACCAAGGUCGUGAGGCCCGAGGACGCGGACCUGGUGUGGGACAAGCCUGUGAUCGAUGCGUACGAGGACGCGCUCAAGACGAAGCCCGAGGGGUUCUGGAACGAGGUGCUGCAGAUGGUAGGGCUGAAAAAGAAGAAGAACGAGCCUGCCGGGGACGAGUGA